AUGUCGUCUUCGACAGCACAGCAACCGGUGCAAGACACCAACUUUGCCUCUGCUCUUUCCGACGAUGCUUCUGGUCAACAAAAUGGCCGCCAGCACUAUGGCUCGCUGCCCACAACCUCCCCGUCCGAAGCCCUCUCGGCGACCAAGCCAACCGCGGUCUCGACUCGUGCUAUUGCACCCGACCUUCUCCGCGGCCUGAUCCUUCCUCUCAUGUCACUCGACCACGCAGCUCUCUUCAUGGGCGCCUGGCUGCACGGUACACCCAGACAAACCGAAAACGCAGGUACACCGAUGCACGAAUGGAAUUUCACCUCUGCCUACGUCUCCCGUACCAUCACCCACCUCUGUGCACCUGGGUUUUUCUUUCUGAUGGGCAUGGGGACUGUGUACUUUCACAAGUCGAGAAAGAGGAUUGGGUGGGGGAAAGGCAGGAUGGUAAAGCAUUUUGUGAUCAGAGCGGUUGCAUUGACCCUGGUCAGUGAGGUGAUGGGCGAGACCCUGAUGUGGGGGAGAGGAGUGUGGUUGAUCAACAUUGUGCUGAUUGGGUUGGCGGUUGACUAUCUGUUGACCGGCCUGCUCUGUGUGAUGUUGGAGGAGACGGAUAAGCUGGUAGUACGAGGACUUGACAAGCUCAGCGCUGGAAAGGCGGACGCACUGAGAAGACCUUUACUGGACAACUCCAAUGCAGAGCAGCAGAAUGAUACUCCCGCCGCCUCGCCUCGAUCACAAUCGCUGUCCUUCUGGAUCCAUAAUGUGCUACUCCUCAUUCUCACCUACAUCACCAUCUUUUGGAACAUCUGGCUCUCCCCCACACACGGUCACUGCUCAGCUACCGCCACGCACCCCUCCUCUAGCACACCAAUUGAACUCCUCGCCCUCCAACCUCUCACCUCCGCCUCUCCCCCUCCGCCUCCUUCGCCAUCCUCAGCGUGGGGUCCAUGGUUCGACUUCUGGUUCUACCCCGUUCAAAAUCGCUUCGUCAUGUCCGGCUUCCCUCCUCUAGCCUGGCUUUCAUUCUCCAUCUUUGGCCUGUUCUACGCUCGCGUCAUGCUGUAUAAGAAAUGGUCUCCAUCCGCCGUCAUUGUCGGCAAUCUCUUCACUGCUGUCAUCCUCUCCGCCCUCUUCAUCGCCACUCGCCUGCUCCAUUUCGGUAACCUAUCAGAAGGAUGCCUACACAUGCCCGAACACCUCGCACACCCGGACAAGAACCAGUACCUCGUCAGCAUUCGAAGCUUCUUCUACAUCACAAAGUACCCACCUAGCCCGAGCUUCUUCGCCCUCACCAUGGCGGUCAAUUUCGCCCUGCUAGCGUUCUUCAGUGCGAUCCCACCCACGAUCGCGACCAAAAUUCCUGGAUUGAUGAAUUACGGUGGAAGUGCGCUCUUUUUCUAUGUCGCACACAUGUACCUCUACGCCCUACUCUCGAUCCCCGCCCGCCACUUCUUUGAGCACGAUCUGCCCGAUCAUUCACCCAACAACUGGGAAAAGACAAAAGGUCUUGGUCCCACCGCGCCUUUCUGGAUCACCUGGGUGCUCGGUCUGGUCAUCCUUAGCCCAUUGUGUAGGCUUUACGGCAAGAUUAAAGCUACCAAAGGGCCUGAUUCUCUUUGGCGAUUCUUCUAG